UUUUUACAAAAAAACAACUUAAAGCACUUUUAUUUUCACAUUUAUUUUCCCCGUCUUUUGCAUCAAUAAUGAGAAUAUCGUUUGCUCAAUCGUGUAAAUUACACACUUUCUUAUUAUACACUUUCUUUUUGGUUGCAAUAGCAACCAUAAUUAUGGGAGUGCCUCUAGAGAAUGCGCUUAUGACUAAGCGAGCCGAGAUACAAUUGACAGUACCCGGAUGUCCCACCGGCUACGUAUAUAAAGCCUCCCUUUGCGACGAAAUUAAUAGAUUGAUGGUAUUUUGUGAAAAUUCUCAAAACCCAGAUGAUGUCCAAGUAGUAUAUAAUGAUUGUGGACCAGAUGAAACUUGCAUUGAACAUUAUUACGCCAUCGAAUCUGAUCUAGACGUUCCACAUGCAACGUGUAUUGAUAAUGAACAUCGGGUCAGAAAAUGGGAUAAUUUUGGUGAACCCGCUAAAGAAACCUGUUCACCGGAAAGGGGUUACGACAUUGAAUCAACUGAUAUGGAGAUUGCAGUAACGAUAUAUGCAAAUGAUGGAAAACCGAUACAAGUAAAUAUAAUUGUUGCGUAUAAGAAUGGUGUAGAAAUUUCUACGGUCUACGAUCAGCACAAUUACACCAGUGUGAUCCGAAACUAUAGUGAUGAAAAAAUUAAAUACUGCUUCACUACAGGAUCAGAUAACAAGGUAACAGCUUAUGCAGCUGGUUGGGAUAUAGAAAAUAAAACUUUUUUGUUGGAUUCUAAAAGUUGAAAAUAUAUAUUUCUUUUUUAAUGAAUUUUUUGUUACAAAUACAAAAAAAAUUAUAGAAAAAAAAUAUAUAUAUAUAUACCAGAAAAAAUUUAUUUAGAGCGA